AAAAAUUCUAUAAUUCAAGAUGCCUAUGGAAAACAUGGUGCAUAUGUUUGGUGGAACCAAAAAGAAGUCAACCCUUGUUGAUGAAUCUGUUAUUUUCUUCCCAAGGGAAGACGAUGGAUCACCCAGACAAGUCAUUUUAGACAAUUUCUGUAAAGGAGAAGUAUCGAAAUUUAGAGAAUGCAUGUCUGCUCAUGAUAAUGAUGAAAACAAGUGUCUUGAAAGCAAAGGAAUUUUAGAUAACUGUGCAGCUGAUGCUUUCUCAAAAGUCAAUACCGAUCCUAAGUGGGUCUUCUAAGUUGGAACAUGCAUUCUAUGGAAAC